AUGAAACUGUAUGUAAAAAGAGUAAACACAAAGGAUACUGGCUUUACACUUUGUGUUAGCAAUAAAGAUACAGUAGCAGACUUAAAGGAAAGGAUCGGCGGUAUUUUAGAUCUGCUGCCGGAUGCAAUGCGUCUCCUUCAUAGAGGACAUCCUUUAAGUAAAUCAGAAGCAACUUUGGAGUCAUAUGGGAUUGAAGAUAAUAGUCGCAUAAAUGUUGUGUAUUUCCCGUCUAUUGAUAUGAAAUCAGGAGUCUCACGGAUUUUGACCUCUUUACUUCACGAAAGAUGCCCUGCCAACUUAUUGCCAGUAAUCGUUGAAAAAUAUCAAGUAAGCGUGGCUAAAAGAGUGAAGAGCUUCAGCUUAGAAGAGUUGGAACGCUAUGCAAAAUUCAGGAAUCAACAUAUUAAAUGA